AUGGCAUUUUUAAGCCGAAGAAACUCUUCUCGGCUCAGGUAUCAUAUGUUGACAUUGAACCUACUUCUAUUAGGCGGGCACUUGCUGAUCCCCGUUGGAAAUCUGCUAUGCUUGAUGAGUUCAAUGCCUUGCUUCGCAAUAACUCCUGGACAUUGGUUCUUUGUCCUCCCGACCAGCACGUUGUCGGCUGUCGGUGGGGUUUUCGCAUCAAACACAACACGGACGGGUCGGUCGAUCGGUUCAAAGCCCGCCUCGUGGCCAAAGGCUUUACUCAACGACCCGGGAUUGAUUACCAUGAAACAUACAGCCCUGUUCUGA